AUGGCAAUGGUAGCAAAUGGCCAAGAAGUGGAAGUGGCAUUUGUUGACUGCAACAUUGGAGACACGUACUUAUCAUUGGCUAGAUAUGAUGAGGCCAUCUUUGCAUAUCAGAGAGCAUUGAAAGUGUUCAAGAUCCACAAAGGUGAGAACCAUCCUGCUGUGGGGUCAGUUUUUGCACUUAAAAUCUAUGAGAAUCCCAUGCCUGGGGUCCCUCCAGAGGAGACUGCUAACGGUUUUAUGAAUGUAUCAGCCAUCUACGAGUCGAUGAAUGAGCUAGAAGAGGCACUUAAAUUACUUCACAAGGCACUAACCAUACUUAAUGAUAUCUCUGGUCAGAUAAACACCAUAGCAGGAAUGGAAGCUCAGAUGGGGUCAUGUACUUUGUGUUGA